GAAAGAAGUCAGCUUUAAGUAUUCUAGUGAAUGUCGCUGCGUGUGGAAAAUUGAAAGUGAAUUCAUCCGUGUUUCUGAUUCCAAUGCAAUCCAAUGUGUCUACAAAUGUAAAUGCCUAGUACACAUGUUCAAUACGAAUGUUUAACUGCCUGGUAUUAAAUACGGAUGUGGUGAACGAUAAAGCUGCAUGUGGGAAAUUAUUAGUAACGGAUUCAGUGAGUGUUUUAUUUUUUUGGAAAUGGAAGGAAAUUAAUAUCAAUUAAAUAAAAAUUAAUAUCCAAACCCCAAGAAUACUUAACAUAACGGAUCUCUAUUAAUACCGUUCAGUCAACGGGGAAUGGCUCAACUGGAAUAUGUUAUUUGUAACGUAUAAUUCAAUUUUGGAUUGGAUUGUAUUAUAUCUAAUCUAUUGGGUGUGACUUAACAAAAAAUAAUAUAACUGAACGUGCAAUUAUAAUGGUGAUAAAGAAAUUAUUGCGUGUAUUCGUCCUAUGUAUCAAUAUGUUUUUGAUAAAUAAUGUGCUUAAUAGAAUUCGUUUUAUCAUUUGUUGAACAUAUAAAAAGCGUAUGGCAAUCGGAAAUACGUUGUCAGUCAGUGUGGGAUUUCUCCCGGAGGGUCGGAAUGACGUCCCUCCUCCCACGAACAUGGCCUGUAUGCCGGACAUCUUCAACAAGUUGGACGCCGAUACAAUCGAGAAGACGCGAGUACUAAACUCGCAACUGGACAUGCGCCUGAGGGUCCAGGAAAGGGUGCUGAGCAAGCACCGGUGCGCUGUCGAGCAGAGAUACGUCAGAGAGAGGGACCGGCUGCGAGUGGAUCUUACAAACAUUUCCCGGCGUCUGCCGAAUUAUUCGGCAUUGUCGCAGCUUGAGAAUAAAGUCAAGACCAUCAUAAAUAAACGGAAUCGAGGCUUCAAGAAGCACGAUUGCGUGUUCACAACGGAGCCUCUAGACAUGGGUGGAUUAGCGGAUGAUAAAUUAGAUAAGCCUUUCUGUGAUAGGUUUCUCACGCAUCAUUUGCCGACUAAAUCAAAGUUUUACAAGGACGUACUGAUUUCCGUUAAGAAAGGCAGCGACGGUGCGACGCGAAAUGGGCCGACGGCAUUACGUUCGCUCAGAAUGGAAUCGUUACGUAAAGGGAGCGUUACGUUAAAUGGUAUCGACGAUUCUUAUGUCAAUUUACGUCAGGGGAUCGUUAAGUCUCUGGACGAUUCUUACGUUAAGUUAAGAUUAAACGCGCAUAAUGAAGAUGACGACUCGAAAACUGUUUGAUAAUGGUGGUUUUAAUUUACUUUCGUUGUUUGAUUUUAUGUAUUUAUAUUAUGCCAUUAACAGUAAUGUUCCUUUUUACUUUUAUUUCUUCUGGUUAUUCUUCAUUGUUAACUGAAUUAUUAAAUGAACAGUAUUUUACACUGUUUGGAACCAAAUAAAAUUCGUUUAAACCUUU